CGUAACGUCGUUGAUGAUGGGACCCGCCUUCCUCUGGCAAGAUGGCGGCGCUGGUGGUACAGCUGAAAUGUGGACUCCACUUGCAAAGACAAACAUUUACUACUUUACUCCAACAUACAAGUUCGUAUCAUAUUUGGAGAGGAGGUAACACACCGAAUGGGAAGCAACAGACGACUUAUUUGCUGAGCCCCAACGUGAGGACAGCCUCGUGGACAGUCAACAGAAGUGACAACAGACGUAUACUGGAGGCUGCAAAGCAUUUGCAGGUGACCGAGAGGACAUGUUGGCACGGAAAUGCAGGCGGAAGGCUAAACGCAGACCCCAAAAAUGUGGUAGGAAAACAAAUCGUACUUCCAAAUGUUCUAUAA